AUGGAGGCCAGCCCUCAUGUGGGAAGCCAAACAAAGCCUCUUGCAGGCCAGACAGACAGUCGGGCUUUGGUAGAGACCCGAAGAAUACGCCGGGACUCUUGGUGCCGUCUUGUCGGCCGAUCAUCCCAACGGACCGGCCUCCACAUUUCCGACAAUUUGGUGACUCGGUCUGUCACAGUACAGCUUCUUCGGGAUCUCAGGACGGUGAGACGAGGACCCUACGCGGCAAUCCGCAUUCGGUUUCCGCUGAUACCACAUCACAAAUUCCUUCCAACCAACUUUCCCUUUGAAAUGGAAAGUAAUGCCACUCACAUUUCUCCCCAUCUCAUAUACACACGAGCAUACAGCACAUUUGCUGCCGGCCUGCACCAUCGGCCAGCAACUUCUCGAGCCUCCAGUCUGAACCACACCGGUCGCAUGAACACUGGCAUGAGUAGUUCGCUUGUAACACCUCGGCUCUAUUUCUGUUAUCUUUCUCUCUCGCGCUCUCUUCUUCGAAUAGAGAGGAGAAUUCGACCGACGUCUGGUAACGCCAACAUAGCUCGUCUCGGGAGGGUCUCACGCCUUCCUGACACAUGUCCAGCCACAGCUCGCGGAUACAGAAGAGCCGAUUCAUUGAUGCUCAUUGUGCUGGGGACCGGACUGCCAUGA